AUUGUUUCAACCAUGAUUGACGCACAUGUUUUCGCCAUUUCAGAUGAGUAUAAGGUUUAUAAAAGCAGUGACCUCGAAAGAAACAUGGCAAUUAAUAAGUGUUCUUUAGAAUGUGGUGGUGUCUUAGCCAAAAUAGACAACGCAGUAGACAGUGCAAUCCUGAAGGAUGUUUUUGACUCAAACAGUAUGGGUCUUAGAAGUGUCUGGAUUGGUGCAAAAAGGACAUCGGGAAGCAGCUGGGGCGAAUGGUAUAACGAUGGAUCCCCAUUAACUUGGACCAAUUGGGAAACUCCCCCUGAUAGCAAAGACUAUGUUUAUGUGAAGGCAGGCAGUAUGGCGUGGAAUACUGCUGGAUCUACUUUUGAGACUGGUGGUGUGGCCUGUAUGAUAGUUCAUGAAAUAACGACAGCAGUACCAUCAACAGCAGCAACGACAACAGCCGAACGGCUUUGCAAAGCACAGCAGUUUGGAACGAUGACAUAUAGUUUAAAGAUUGAGAACAAAGCAGUGAAUAAUCUCGCAAAUGUCAUUGGUGGAGAAUUCACAACUAGGUCAAAAUUAGAAUGUGCAACAAAAUGUUUUGGGGUCGCAAAUUCUACAUGUCGAGCCUUUUUAUUCAACAAAUCCGACAAAAAGUGUGCAUUGCUAGAGUCGACGAUUCCAUUGAGUAAUUUUGUUGUUGGUAUCGAUGAUGUUUCUUACUAUGAAGUUGAUUAAUGUUUCCAAACCAAGUGUACCAUUUCAUGCAAUGAGUAAAUUAAACUCACUAAAUGAACAAUUCCAUAGGGACAUAUGGCCAUGGAUUAACUGAUGAUUUCGUUUGUGUCGGUGAUACUACGAGCGGCAUUGACCUGCCCAAGUAAUUCAUGUAGGACUAAAACAAUAAAUAAUGUCGCCAACAUUGGUAAUUCAACAAUAUUAAGAGGUUUCGACGACUUUUUCCACCAUUUUCACGCUCUACCGAAUAUCGUCUUUUUACACAUGGACUA